AUGAACCUCUCAACGUACAGCAACAUCACCCAGACUAAAAUAAGGGACUCGCAUAUGAUAGCUGUGACCAAAAAUGUGAUUGUUGUGGCUUUAUACUUCUCCAUCAACUACAUUAACGGCACGCUGGUCCACACUUUCUUCAAGCAUGAGAUUUUUAACGAGAAUCCUCGAUACAUCCUCUUCAUCCAUAUGGUCAUCAACGACAUGAUUCAGCUAACAAUUGCAGUGUUGCUUAAUCUCAUUUCCUACAUCUUCUAUACAAUCAAUGUGUCUGUCUGUUGCAUCCUUGUCAUAACUGCAGUGUUCACCACCCUCAACACUCCAUUGAAUCUGGCCGGCAUGGCUGUGGAGCGCUACAUUGCUGUCUGUAACCCAUUACGCCACACACAGAUUUGUACUGUGCGCAGGACAUACAUCUUAAUUGGACUGAUCUGGGUCUUGGGUGCCAUCACCAUUUUUCCUGACCUGUUCUUUCUGUUAGCCACUGAGCCUUUAUCGUUAUUCCAUUCUACCAUAUACUGCAGUCGAGACACUGUGUUCCAACAUCCAUACCUGGUGGAGAAGAGAAAAUUCUUAUACCUGGUCUAUUUGUCUUUUGUAUGGUUCACUUUGGUCUACACCUACUUCAGGAUCAUGUUUACUGCCAAGGCCACCGGUGCAGAUGCCCGGAAGGCUCGAGAUACUAUCCUCCUGCAUGGCCUGCAGCUUCUGUUGUGCAUGUUAAUGUAUAUUGUCCCACUAGUCGAGAGUACGCUAAUUUCCCUCUUCCCCAUGCUUUUAAAUGACAUACGAUUCACAGGUUACAUCUUUGUCCAGAUUUUACCCAGGUUUAUAAGUCCUAUCGUGUACGGAUUGAGGGAUCAGAUGUUCUGUGCAUAUCUGAAAAAGCAUCUGUUGUGCGAUAAGCUGAAUGAAAAGAAUAAAAGGACAACACAAAGCUCCUAA